AUGACGGAGAAGGCCAAAUCAGGGCCUACGAAGCCCAUAGGUGGGGGUCCAACCAUUCGCAAACGCAAGGCUCAUAAGAAGAGUCGGUUCGGAUGCCGCAACUGCAAGCUCAGAAGAAUCAAGUGCAAUGAGGCUCGGCCGAAUUGCGAACAAUGCCUGCGCUUCGAAGUCUUGUGCAACUAUGGCCCUAGCGUACCGGAUCUUCAGCCUUGUUCGGCGAGUUCCAACGUCGUCCAAAUGGAGUCUGUGCUCGACAAGUCUCCGCUUCUGACAGCCCAACCUGUUCUGGAUAUGGUGAGCGCUUCCUUGCAGGAAGACAGUCUUGGGUCGGGGUGGAAACCAGGGGUAAUGCGAUUCGAUAACGCUGACCUGGCGCGAUUGGACAAAUUCCAAUCACGCACGGUGCUGACAAUCGGUGUCAAACGAGUGGCUCGUCUUUUGCAGCAAGAAGUCAUCCAACUCGCUUGUACACAUCGGUUCCUGAUGCACCUUGUGCAGGUGGUGACAGCUUGCCACGACCGUUAUUUGUGCGGAGUUGCCACUGCGAGACCAAGCCGAGCCGAGACAUAUCAUAUGAGCCAAGCUCUGGCAGCCUUUCAGACGAUCUUAUCUCGACCGAUUCACCAUGACGACCGUGAUGCUUUGAUGCUGGCAUCUUCCCUCCUCGGGGUCGCAAGCUUCUUCAACCUCGAAGCGUCCACCAUCGAGGAAGUAUGGCCACUGGCCGAUUCUGACAUGUCGUGGCUCAAUCUGAGUGACGGCAAACGGACAGUCUGGAAGUUGGCCAAACCGUUACGGGCCGAAAGCCUUUGGCAAGAGGUUGGUCGCAUCUAUGAUCGAGAUCAUACGCUAGCGACUGAGCUUUCUGAACACGUCCCUUCGAUCUUUGCUCAUCUGUUCAGCAACGACCUAUCAUCGCAGUCUGCUGCUGCCAACCCAUGUUAUAAGACGUCACGGGCUCUUCUGCCUUUACUUGAGCUCGAGUGCAAUGACUCCACGUGGCUCCAGUUUCUCGAGUUCCUCUGCCACCUGGACCCUCCUUACAAGCUCCUGCUCCAGCAACGAGACCCUUGGGCCCUGCUUAUUCUGUGUUAUUGGUAUAUGAAAGUGUGCAGAGGCGCUUGGUGGGUAUCAUCACGCUGUAUUCUACAAGGCCAAGCGAUUUGUCUGUAUCUCGAGCGCUAUCAUUCGACGGAUGCUGCCAUACAAGCGGCGUUGAAACAGCCGAGACUGGAGUUUGAAGCUGCGCAGAUGGAUGGCUGGGGUGGUAUCUCUUUUGUUGUGCAUCGUCCGCAGUCGGCAACCGUACUGCAGUGGAUGUAG